AUUUCUGAAGUUUAAACAAUCAACCAAACGAAAAUGUCUUCUAACGACACUUCUACAGCUGCUAAUGAAACGUUGAAUAAUGCCAUUUUUAGAAUAAAAAAUGAAUACUAUGAUUUUCAAUUUCUGGAUAUGCUAUUCAUAAAUCUGGUCGUUAUUUUGUUGAUUGCCUGUGGUUUCUGGUGCUUGUGUGCAUCCUAUCGUCUGAAAGAAGACGACAAAAGUGUCUCCGAAUCAAAAUCUGAAGCUGUAUAAGAAUGAUAACUACAAUAAUAAAAUAUAAUUUAAAAUUCCC